AUGUCUGCCGAAGAGCUAGAAAACGAGGCUGAAUAUGGCCGUCUCCCAUUCGACAUCUUCCUCUCGGUAAGUAUCUCCCUAUCUCCCCGGCUCUAUUCUGAUCUGACCGGGAAACAACAGGAGCGGUGGCAUCACAAUGCCACCGGAGAUACCCGGGAACAUUGGGAGCGACUCCCGUAUCAACACCGUGCGGAGUCCACUCCACCGGAGCUCAACGAGGAGAUCACACGCGUGCUAGCCACGCACCAGACAUCACACGAGCGGAAUAUCAGCCUCGUCAGCUGCGAAGGCUUGCAAACCGUCUGGCUGCGCACAUGCUACGACCCGGAUCUCACCGGGAAGUACGAAGAGAUGAAGCAGGAGUCCGAGAUCCCCGGGUGGGGGGUCUCGGGGGAUAAAAUCUUGGACGACCCCUCUCGCUAUGACUUCGACGACGGUAGUGGGGGGCCCGACUCAUGGCGACGAGUGAUGGUUCGCGUUCCGGGACUUACGGACUUCCGCGGCGUUUUCGACAUGAAUGGCGACGGGACUAAUCUGCAGUACAUCAGUGGGCAGAAUGACGAGGACACGGUAGCGCGUGCGCACGAGAGCGAGAAGUGGCGGGAUCUCAGCCUCGCGCAGUUGCGAAUCCAGGUCGGUCUGUACCUGCUGGACCGCGAGGCCAUCGCGUCUGGAUUUAUCAAGGUUCUCUGGCUGGACGAGCAUGGGCAGAUUGCCUGGGAGAAUCGGUUGGAUCCCUUCACCUCCGAACUGGACCGGCUGACCGGCUCUCUCCUGAACGCUACGAGUUUGGUGGAAUUGGCUGGCUAUGACGGCACCCGCGGCGCUCUGAUUGAA